GGCUCGCUCCCAUCCAGCCAGUCCCCUCAUGUGCGUCCGGUCGGCCUGUUGGAGGUAGACCCGUGUGCUGACCAGCCAGGGUUAAAGCUAAAGGAGCAGCAGGAGGAGGAUGGACAGAGUCGGACCUUGCGUCAGAACUGAGUCUGGUCGGUGCCUCUGAGAGCUCCUCUCGAGUCCUGGUCCAUCAGGGUGAUCCGCGGACACACAAUGGGCUGCUGCAGCGGACGGUGCACGCUCAUCUUUAUCUGCACUUUACAGCUGCUGUUGGCUUUGGAGCGGCAAGUGUUUGACUUCCUUGGUUACCAGUGGGCCCCCAUACUCGCUAACUUUUUCCAUAUCAUUAUUGUAAUCUUGGGCCUCUUUGGAACCAUCCAGUACCGGCCACGCUACAUCAUAGUGUACACAGUAUGGGCCGCACUCUGGGUAGCCUGGAACGUCUUCAUCAUCUGUUUCUAUCUGGAUGUAGGAGGCCUGUCAAAGGAGAGUGAUCUGCUGACAUUUAACAUUUCUGCUCAUCACUCCUGGUGGAGGGAACACGGUCCCGGCUGCGUGAGGCGAGAGAUGCCUCAGAGCCCCGGAGUCCGCACCACGGAGAGCCACUCCUACAUCACUGUCAUGGGCUGCUUCAUGGAGUACCAGUACAUUGAGGUCAUGCAUAGCAGCAUGCAGAUUCUUGUUGCUCUCCUGGGCUUCGUGUACGCCUGCUAUGUUGUCAGUGCUAUCACCGAGGAGGAAGACAGUUUUGAUUUUAUUGGUGGAUUUGAUCCAUUCCCACUCUACCAUGUCAAUGAAAAACCAUCUCAUCUCCUCUUAAAGCCCAUGCACCCGUCUACGUAAAUAGAAAACGGCGCGGCGAGGGAGGUGAUACAGUAAAUUCCCCCAGAGCCAAAAGGGCUGCUCCUUGCCACACCAGACGUUCCUCCCCUUCUUGAUUUCAGAACUUUAAACAUGUCAUUUUACUGGUGUGCUUCCAAGAAAACCCAGAGUUUCUCAACAAGAGUUCAUUGUGAUGAGAUUUAGGGAAUAAGGGUGGAUUUGCCAUAAAACAAAGUGUGUAUUUUGGAAGAUUUGUGGAUCAUUUAUUUUCUCUCUGUGACCUUUUACCACAAGCUAACAUCCUCCAUUGUAAAAAAAAAUGUACAGCUAGUAAAUACUUUCUGUGUGCAAUCAUGGACUGCCCAGCAGUCCCAGUCUAGAGAGGUCUCAGACUGAGCCUAUUGUUGUCAGUUUGGCACAGAUCUCGACCAUGGGGCUGAAUUACUGUGGAGGAAUGAGUUGUUUACUUUCAAAUCUGUUUGCAUAAAUACAGAAGCAACGCAGGAAGAGCCAAGAGAGGGAGAGGGAACAAAAGCACCAAAACAACAGGGGAGUCUGACAAAAAUAGAGCGUGUAAAUAAUGAAAUUCAGUUUGAAUUGCAACUGAAGUCUGCAGAAAAACCUGCAAGAGGUGUUCGAACACAAAGAGAGGCAUGCAAGUGUUUUAGUCUGGAGUUGUGUAGUUGUGACUAUUUUCUGAGCAACAGAUUUUCUGAAGUGUCGGGUGUUGUGUUAGCCAAAGAGCUGGAAGCUUUGUUUCCAAUCUUCUAAUCUCCAGCAGCAGACAGCUCAGACGAGAGCGAUCAUUACACACACUCAAGAAAAGGUCCCACACGGUAUUUUUAACUUGAAGACAAUAGAAAUUGUUUCAUCUGAACCGUUUGGGCAGAAAACAGAUCAGAGCUUCUUCUCAUCAGAUCAACAUUUGAAAUCAUUUUUUAUGUGUUAAUAUCCUCAGAGUGACUGUAGCAUGUUUUAAUAAGGUUUGCAUUGUAAUCGCGUAUUAAAACACAAAAAGUAGCAAAACUGAUAAAGCUGAUGAACAGUUAGAAGAAAUCUGCUCGUCUUGUUUUGUGUAUUUUUUAGACUCUGAUUCAGAGUCAUGGUAGAGUUGUGUAAGAAGUCGAUGCUCAUGGUCAGGCCUCAUUGUGAAUUAUGAUUCUUUUGUACUUAACGCCAGUUUUCACUUCUUCUGUUGCCUCAUGUUUAUUGUGAAUCACUACUGCCCUCUGCUGUUCAAAGACUUUAAUCACAACUUCUAAUCUACAAAAAUCAUCAUUUUCCUGCUUAUUUUCUCCUCUUUCAUCACAUAUAUUUUCAUAUAUUUUUGUUUAUGGAACAACAUACCUGCUGACUUUAAUGUCUGACUACUGUGUCAUUGUUUACAACUUCCACGUUUAUUAAUUAGAAAUUUCUGAACAAAGAAGUUGGCUUAUAGUUAAUGAAGUUGUCUUUUUUCUUUUAUCUGCACCCAUAUUUAAAAUUCCAGAUUCUUUCAUAUUAUCACUCCACUGCCAGAACAACCGAUUGUUCUUUUUUCAUUAGUAUAUCACAGAUGAACUCAACAUUUCUUCUGAUAAUUACUUUGACUGGUCUAAGCUUGUGAAGAGGUGCAAUUUUUUUUAAUGAACUGUAUGUGAGCAAUCUGGAUGAAAAAACAAAGCAUUUCAGAAAAGGUGACAUAAUCAGUAGUAAAAUUCUGUUAAAAAAUAAUGUCUUCCUCUUAGUGCAAUACAAUGUAUUUAUCUCAGAGAGAGAUUAGUCAUGGGUGUGUAUCUGGUGAAAAAGUGUCCACCUCUUGUCUAUAAUUCUCUCUUCGUAGCAGUGGAAAUGUUUUCUGUCCUGUGGUGCUCCAACCAUGUGGCGAUGUAUCCAGAACUGUGCUUUGUGUUCUUGUAAAUACGUGUUUGUUAAUAAAAAAAUAGCUCUUUUAAA